CCCAUUUUCCACGUCCAAAGUUGGUUGAAAACUAACUUUACUUCGCUACAAUGAGUGACCUAGAGUGUGUAAACGGUGCCCGACUAAAUGGUAAUGCGGCCGAUGCGGUGAAAACACCCUUUCUGAUCGGUGUUGCUGGUGGAACGGCCAGCGGGAAGUCGACGGUAUGCAAACGUAUCAUGGAGCAACUAGGCCAAGCUGAUAUGGACCAUACGCAACGACAAGUCGUCACAAUAAGCCAGGACAGCUUCUAUCGGGAGCUGUCGGAAUCGGAGAAGGCACGUGCCGAGCGGGGUCUGUUUAACUUCGACCAUCCGAGCGCCUUCAACGAGGAAGCGAUGCUACAAACCCUGCAAGAUAUACUGCAGGGGAAAAAGGUCGACAUUAGCGAGUACGAUUAUCGUAGAAACUCGGUCUGUCCGGAGAAGAAAAUCACCAUUUACCCGGCGGAUGUGGUGCUGUUUGAGGGCAUACUAGUCUUCUACUUUCCCGCCAUUCGUGAUCUCUUUCACAUGAAGUUGUUUGUCGACACAGAUUCGGACACAAGACUGGCCCGACGAGUUCCACGUGACAUUAACGAACGAGGAAGAGACUUGGAUCAGGUGCUCAAUGCUUACAUGAAUUUCGUCAAACCCGCGUUUGAAGAGUUUUGCUCUCCGACCAAGAAGUUUGCUGACGUCGUUAUACCGCGUGGAGCAGAUAAUACAGUCGCAAUCGAUCUGAUCGUCCAACACAUCCGCGAGUUUCUGAACAAUCGCACACGCAGUGAUCAUAGCCCGCAUCUAGCAACGUGUGGUACCAGUGCACUGAAUCUGGCUAAUGGUAGAGCUCAAGCUACUAGUAUGAACUCGAUAUCUCCUUCCAUGAUCAAUAGUCAGCUUUAUGCGGUACUGUACGAGUACAGCUGA